CCUCAUCUCCCCAGAGAGCCAAAACGAGUCACUGAUCAUCGCUCCCAGGGCUAGCGCGCGAGCCUCUCCUCCAGUCCCGAAGCGAGUCUGCAGCUCACUCGUCCAGCCUCACUCACAACACCAAACAUGGCGGAGGAAGAGGGAAUCAUCAAGGCUCUUGUGUGCGCUUAUUUGAAUGAGAAGGACAAGUCCCUCGGACAGUCGGUGGAGAAGAAGCUGAAUCCGCCAAAAUUAACAAAAAGCUCCCCAUCAGUCACAGAAAUUGUCAAACAUUUCCUCAAAACCUCGCCGAACAAGCGCCGCCUGAGCUUUGAAACCCCAGCAGCUAAGAAAGCCCGUAAAGAAUCUAGUUCAAGCUCAGAAGAGGAUGAAAGUCCUCCCAAAAAGGCAGCAACUCCUCUUGUUAAUGGCAAAGGACCCAAGGCUGUGGCAAAACCCAAGAAAGCAGAGUUGAGUUCUUCUGAAGAUUCCGAGUCGGAUUCGGACGAGUCUGAUGCACCUCCCAAGAAGAAGAUUGCUGUAGCGGCCCCAGCAGCAGCCACUCCCAAGGCAGCAGCAAAGGUUCCUCCCAAGAAGCCGGCAGAGAGUAGCAGUGACGAGAGCAGUUCUGAAGAUGAAGCCCCUGCAAAGGCACCUGUCAAAGCUGUGCCAGCCAAACCUGCAACACCUGCUAGCAAGCCUGCAGCAAAGAAGGCAGAAUCCUCCAGUUCGGAAGAGUCCAGUUCAGAGGAUGAAGACUGCAAAGCCAGCUGUGAAGAACCAGCCACACCUGCACAGAAGGCGGCCACUCCUGCUAAGAAGCCAGCUGCUGCAAAGAAGGCAGAAUCUUCCAGUUCAGAAGAAUCCAGCUCUGAAGAUGAGGAACCUGCUAAACCAGUUUUAAAGAAGCCUGCUACACCUGUACAAAAGGCUGCUUCUCCUGCAAAGAAACCAGCUGCUCCUGCAAAGAAGGGAUCCUCCAGUUCGGAAGAGUCUAGUUCUGAGGAUGAUGAGCCUGCUAAACCAGUAGUGAAAAAGCCAGCUGCCACUCCUGCUAAGAAGCCAGCUGCUGCUAAGAAGGCAGACUCCAGUUCUGAGGAAUCCAGCUCAGAUGAAGAUGAACCAGCCAAGCCAGCUGUGCAGAAAACAGUUGUAAAACCAGCUGCUGCCGCCAAGAAGGCAGAAAGUAGCUCAGAAGACUCUUCAGACUCUGAUUCUGACGAAAAGCCUGCCAAGCCCGUAAUCAAGCCUGCUGCCCCUGCUAAGAAGGAAAUGUCCAGCUCAGAAGACAGCUCAGAUGACGAAGAACCUGCAAGCAGCAGCCAAGCCAGCGCUGCACCCGCAAAAACUGCAAAGGAGUCUAGCUCUGAGGAGUCGACCAGUGAGGAGGAAGAGGAGGAAACUCCAGUCUUGAAGACCCCAGCACCAAAGAUGACCAAUGGCACAGUGGAGAAUUCUCUUAACAAUUCCUGGAAUGGGUCUCUGAAUACAUCGCUCAAUACCUCGGGUGGCAAAGUUAAAAAAGAGCCUUUCAGGAGGGUGCGAGCAGAGGAAAUAGAGAUCAACCCAAAGUUUAACAACUCCUUUGAAGCCAAGCAAGGUGCAAGAGGAUGUUGGGGUGAAGGUGCUUACAGAACCCUCAAGGACACUCGAGGAAAAUCUUUCCGUCAUGAAAAGAACAAGAAGAAGAAAGGAUCCUACCGAGGAGGCAUGUUGGACACAGCCGUCAACUCCAUCAAAUUUGACUCGGACUGAUAGAACAGUUUCCCAUGUGAAGCACCUCCCUCCCCCCCACCUUCAGGCAAAUCAGACCUUUAUCCAUGGGCUGCCCAGAGUGAUGGAUAGCUGUUAGAGAAAGGCCAAGGGCAGAGAUGCAGCCACACAACUCUCUGCCGGUGGUUUCACAUGAAUGUGUUUGUGUGUGGAAGCUCAUGUGAUAUAUAUAUAUUUACAAAGCAGAUACAUUACUGUGUGGGAGUUGUUUAUUUGUUGAAUUUUAAGAAGAGAGUGCAUUAAGUGGCGAACUUCAAAGUGAUGAGGAAGUGUUCUGAUAGUGACACAUUCUUGUGUUUGAAUCGGUAAUUUAGCUACAGGUCUUUGCAUUUGUGGAAGUGCAGUGAGCCCAGGCAAGGUCUCAGUGUGAACAAUUUCCUUGGUUUGAACCUGUAACAAAGGAGAAAGUCCAGUCUGGGAGAACGUUUAGGGCUAUAAAUUGUCAGAUAGGAGAAUGAAGAAAAUGUAUUUUUUUAGAAGUUAUUGCUAUAAUACAAAAAAAAAAGGUUCUAUGCACUGCAGCCAUAGAUAUUGUUAGGGUUAUACUUGUACAUUUCCACUUUUGACUGAAAAGAAAAUGGUGAUUAUAACCCCAACAUUUUAUUUGGUGCAAAUAGGAAGAGAAAUCUGUUGCUCUUAAUUAUUUACAUAAUAGUUUUGUGUAAAUAGAUGAGAUACCAGUUUCCGUUGUACCAUUGAUGAAAGUAUUUGGAAUUUGUGUUUGGUACAAAGUUUGUGGAUGAACGGUUCUUUUGAUAUUUUGGUCCCUUGAUUUAUAAAGUUACCUUGUUAAGUUUAUGGCUCAAAGAUAUAUUGUUUUCUUGUCCAAACUGUUUAGCGGUUUGGGAAAAAAAAUUGCGCUUUCCUCCUAUCUCAGUAUUUAAUAUGUUCCAGAAACAUUUGUAACUACACAAGUAGUUAUGUCAGUGACUGUUUAAAAACAUAGAUUAAAUGUUUAUACGUA